AUGGAGGUGCAGAGCAGCAACAAUGGCGGACACUCUUCCUUCUCCAGCCUCCGCGUCUACCUUAACUCCCUCUCCUCGACCCCUUCCCGCUUAGCCCGCCGCGCCGUCUCCGUCUCCACCUCUUCCGACGAGAUGAGCCGCGUCCGCGCCGUCUCCGGCGAGCACAUGCGCCGUACGCUCCGGUGGUACGAUCUCAUUGGCCUCGGAAUCGGCGGAAUGGUCGGCGCCGGCGUCUUCGUCACCACCGGCCGCGCGAGCCGCCUCUACGCCGGCCCCUCGAUCGUCGUCUCCUACGCCAUCGCCGGCCUCUGCGCUCUCCUCUCCGCCUUCUGCUACACCGAGUUCGCCGUGCACCUCCCCGUCGCCGGCGGCGCCUUCAGCUACAUCCGCAUCACGUUCGGCGAGUUUCCGGCCUUCUUCACCGGAGCGAAUCUCGUCCUGGACUACGUGAUGUCGAACGCCGCCGUCUCGAGGAGCUUCACGGCGUACUUGGGAACCGCCUUCGGGAUCUCGACUCACAAAUGGCGCUUCGUCGUCUCUGCCCUCCCCGGCGGGUUCAACGAGAUCGAUCCCGUCGCCGUCGUCGUGGUCCUCGCGAUCACCGUCAUCAUCUGCUGCAGCACGAGGGAGAGCUCGAAGGUGAACAUGAUCAUGACGGCAUUUCACAUCGCGUUCAUAGUGUUCGUGAUCGUGAUGGGGUUCUUGAGAGGAGACUCCAAGAAUCUGACUUCUCCGGCGAAACCGGAGCAUCCGUCGGGGUUUUUCCCGUUCGGAGCGGCGGGUGUUUUCAACGGAGCCGCCAUGGUUUACCUGAGCUAUAUAGGAUACGACGCCGUUUCGACCAUGGCGGAAGAAGUGAAAAACCCGGUUAAGGACAUACCGGUCGGUGUCUCCGGUUCAGUCGCCAUCGUUACGGUUCUCUACUGCCUCAUGGCCGUCUCCAUGUCAAUGCUCCUCCCAUACGAUCUGAUAGAUCCGGAGGCGCCGUUUUCCGCGGCGUUCAGAGGAUCCAACGGCUGGGAGUGGGUGACGAAAGUGGUGGGGAUAGGAGCAAGCUUUGGGAUCUUAACAUCACUUUUGGUGGCCAUGUUAGGUCAAGCUCGGUACAUGUGUGUCAUCGGACGGUCCAGAGUGGUCCCCGUUUGGUUCGCUAAGAUUCAUCACAGAACAUCUACGCCAGUCAACGCCUCCUCUUUUCUUGGCAUUUUCACGGCGGUUCUUGCCCUCUUUACCGACCUUAACAUCCUACUAAACCUAGUAUCCAUUGGAACCCUAUUCGUCUUCUACAUGGUCGCAAACGCUCUCAUUUUCAAGCGUUAUGUUCCAGUAGGACCCACCAAGCCAUGGCCGACACUCACUUUUCUCACACUGUUCUCCACCAUCUCUCUUGUCUUCACCCUCAUCUGGCAACUUGCGCCACAAGGGAAGGUCAAGGCUUUCAUGCUCGGUGCAAGUGCGGUGGUGGCUAUAGCCAUCGUGCUUAUUUUCCAUUAUUUGGUCCCUCAGGCGAACAAACCUGAGUUAUGGGGUGUCCCCUUCAUGCCAUGGACCCCGUGUGUGUCGAUUUUCUUGAACAUAUUCUUGCUUGGUUCGUUGGACGCACCGUCGUAUGUCCGGUUUGGGUUCUUCUCCGGUUUGAUCGUGCUUGUGUAUUUGUUUUAUGGUGUUCAUGCCAGCUCUGACGCUGAAGCGAAUGGGUCUUUUGGUGUGAAAGAAGAUGGACAAGUCUUGAAAGAACUAACUGAAGUGUGAAUAAGUGAACAUUAUUUAGUUUGUUUCCUAAAAAUUAGCUUAUGUAAUUAAACUCUCUAUUUUCAAAAGGAGGGGGUUUUGAAAUAAUUAAUGAAAGUUAUUUAAUCUAACUUUAGGGGAAUUUGGACUCUUGAUUGUUUCUGGCAGAGGGUGAUUAUUGAGAAUAUAUAUGUGACAGAAUUAUUAUUUAACA